ACAAGAAGGCAUUUAUCAUAAUUUUGUUCUCUGUAAAAUGGAGUGUUUUGUUAAUCACCAAAUCUUGUAUUUAAAUCCGUUCGGCAUCGAGAGUAACAAUUUAAUGUUAAAAUGUCGACAAUACUUUACGUUUUUUCAAUACGUUUGGGUUCUGUUUGGGCUGCUGGUUUCGCAUGCAAAGGGACAGUAUCCUCUCGACUGGGAUCUGGCGAGAACAACAGCGCGAACCUGUGCUCAUAAACAGAUGAACGCGGGAGGAAAUGACGGAAUAAUCUAUGGACGUGAAAGAGACGUGAUGGGUCCAUUUCCGUUUAUCGCAACUGUCAAGUUCACUAUCGACAAUGCUAGCCCGAGACUGUAUUGUUCUGGAAGGUUGCGAUUUUGGGGAUCUGGUUUCUCACAAGCACGCGGCGGGUGCUUCCGUCUUGUUUGUUUGGACUAAAUUGUCGAUUGAAUUGAUACUUCUUCUUUUCAACUUUUAAAUUUCUUGAAUAAUUAUUGUUCAUUUAUUACCCUGUUCGCUGCGAAGAGGCAUAAUAAACAACAGUCAUACUCAUGUAUGUAUUCAA